AAUUCCCUUUUCUCCAAUCAACAGAAACAACACAAGUUACAACAAUACUGAAAACAUUUUCCAAAACCCUCAAAAUCGGAUCCGGAUCCGGAUCUUGGCCCAAAGCCCAGGUGGUGUAUUUUUUCCUUCCCGUCACCACCGCUUCACUUUUAGGAGGGAGAAAUGAACACUCAAUUCUCAUUUCCAGACCUCAACCUCUCCCCCUCCGUAACCUCCUCCGCCUCCGUGAUGUCACUCCACGUCAAGUCCGAACCAAUUGACGAUCAUACCCCUCCCCCUCCUUCCCCUCCUCCAUACUCCGAUAUCUACUCCGAAUACUACAGCCUCUGCGAACGUGUCACCUCCGCAUUGGCUAACCGUAUCCCACUCUCUAAACCGGAUUCCAAUCCCCUCGCAAUCGUCCCCGUACCGGACCAAACCGGAAACACCCACUCUCUCUCCUCCUCCUCCUCCUCUUCCCGUCUCCCCUUCCAGAGACCACAAGAGCUCGCCCGCGUCACCUCCCUAAACCCCCACGACCACAAACACCACAGAGAGAUCCUCACCCUCACCCGAACAAUCUACUCCUCUCUCCGCCUCCACCUCGUCGCCGAGGAGAUGCGCCUCCCCGGCCGCCGCCGCAAGCCCCGAGCCGACAUAAAGGCCUCGACUUUGAUGAGGCAACGCGGCCUCUGGCUCAACCAAGACAAACACGUCGUCGGCCCCAUCCCCGGCGUCGAGAUCGGCGACAUGUUUCUCUACCGCUUAGAGCUCUGCGUCGUGGGCCUCCACGGGCAGCCGCAAGCCGGAAUCGAUUAUCUGACGGCGCACCGGAGCUCGAACGGUGAGCCGAUAGCUACUAGUGUGAUUGUCUCCGGUGGGUAUGAGGAUGAUGAGGACACAGGGGAGGUUCUUGUUUACUCCGGGCACGGUGGGCAGGAUAAGUUUCAUAGGCAGUGUCAGCAUCAGAGGUUGGAAAGUGGGAACCUUGCGAUGGAGAGGAGUAUGCAUUAUGGGAUUGAGGUUAGGGUGAUUCGUGGGGUGAGGUAUGAUAAUGUGGUGAGCUCUAAGGUUUAUGUGUAUGAUGGGUUGUAUAGGAUUGUUGAGUAUUGGUUUGAUGUUGGGAAGUCGGGGUUUGGGGUUUUUAAGUUUAAGUUGGUUAGGAUUGGAGGGCAGGGUGAGAUGGGGAGUAAGAGGAUGAGGUUUGCUCAAGGGCUUAGGAGUAAGCCGUUGGUUGUUAGGCCUAAUGGGUAUUUGAGUUUUAAUCUCUCUGGUGGGAAGGAGUGUGUUCCGGUUUAUUUGUUUAAUGAUAUUGAUUUUGAUCGUGGACCGGAGGGGUAUGACUAUAUUGUGAGGUCUGCUAUUAAUACUAGUGUGGUUUCUUCUCACGGAGGGGGGGAUAACCGUGGUUGUGAUUGUAAAUUCUCCUGUGGUAAUGAUUGUUUGUGUAUGAGGAGGAAUGGUGGUGAGCUUCCUUAUGAUGAGGAUGGGACUUUGUUGAGAGGGAAGCCUGUGGUGUUUGAGUGUGGGGUUUUGUGUUCGUGUGGUCCGAGUUGUCAGAACCGUGUGACGCAGAAGGGGUUGAGUAAGAGGCUGGAGGUUUUUAGAUCUAGGGAGACAGGGUGGGGUGUUAGGACAUUGGAUUUUAUUCAUGCUGGGAUGUUUAUUUGUGAGUAUGCUGGUGUGGUUCUUACUAAAGAUCAAGCUGAGAUUGUGUCGAUGAAUGGGGAUCCUCUGGUUUAUCCGGGUCGGUUCGCCGAGAAAUGGAGGUUAUGGGGUGAUUUAUCUCAGGUUUAUCCUGAUUAUGUUCAACCGAGUUAUCCUUCUCUGCCGCCGGUUGAUUUUGCAAUGGAUGUGUCGAAGUUGAGAAACGUGGCUUCUUAUAUUAGUCACAGUAAAGAACCAAAUGUGAUGGCGCAGUUUGUACUAUAUGACCAUAGUAACUUGAUGUUCCCUCGGGUCAUGCUUUUUGCACUGGAGAAUAUCUCUCCGUUAACAGAGUUAAGCUUGGAUUAUGGGUUGGAUGAUAAACGAGAAGAGCAGCUCGCUAUCUGUUACUGAGCUGUUUCCCAUAGCUUGUUUCUGUACCUUUUUUGUAUUUGUAUCUUACAAAGAUAGCCUCUCUUGAUGUUUUUUGGUUGAGGCAAUUUCUCAAAUCAAAUGUUAUUGUUACAAAUUAUUAUCAUCUUAGCAUUAUGUUCAUACUGCCGAAGUCUUACUGUCUUGGAGUUUUCCUGUGCAAUUUGUCUGUGUUCUCUCACUCCUAUGAGUAUUUUGUUGCAUCAGUGAUGCAGAUGUUGU